AUGGCGGGCUGGUGGCAGGUGCUGUCUCGGGCGGCCCGGCGCUACCCGUGGCCCACAAACGUGCUGCUCUACGCUGCACUUUACUCUGCCGGCGACGCGCUGCAGCAGCGGCUAAGAGGCGGCCCGGCCGACUGGCGCCAGACGCAGCGCGUGGCCACCGUGGCCGUGGCCUUUCACGCCAACUUCAAUUACGUGUGGCUAGGCCUGCUGGAGCGAGCGCUGCCGGGCCGCGCGCCGCGCGCCAUCCUGGCCAAGGUGCUGUACGACCAGGUGCUCGGCGCUCCAGUUGCCAUCUCCGCCUUCUACGCAGGCAUGAGUAUUCUCCAAGGAAAGGAUGAUAUAUUUUUGGACCUGAAAGAGAAAUUCUGGAAUACAUAUAAGAGUGGUCUGCUGUACUGGCCGUUCGUACAGCUGACCAACUUCAGCCUUGUUCCCAUUCACUGGAGAACAGCCUACAUUGGACUCUGUGGCUUUCUCUGGGCCACCUUCAUUUGCUUUUCACAACAAAGUGGUGAUGGCACAUUGAAGUCAGCUUUCAGCUUCCUUCGUAUAAAGGAGGCCAAUGCAGUUAAAAGGCCCCAAGAGAAAUGAGAAGCCAAGGACUCCCUUAGAGUGACUACAUUUUUUCCUAAAAUUCAGUGGAUCACGUGCAGAUAAAAUACUUCCUUUACUAGUUACGUGCUUCAUUUUGAGGAAUUACUAUCCCAUAGACCUAUUUCUUUAUUAAUUAUCAAUGAUAAUUUAAAAUUUGAUUUAAACCGCCUCUUUCUUCCAUUCUAGUCUGAAAUUGUAGAAAGUAUAGGACUUCUCCUAUUUUCACUUUCUAAUAUUG